AAGCGUGCGCAAUCUAUGUUAUUUGUGUCUAUGGUGUUUCUGUUCAUGGCUGUUCGAAUUUGUUGGGAGCGAAAUUCAUUUGUUUCCAGCGUGAUUUGCAAUAUUCAUGGAAUUGCGCUGAGGCUAAAUAACAUCUGUGGGAACGUUAUUCUAUGUAUAGUGUACUGUGUAGUGUAUGUUUGAUAUCGUUGCUGUUGAGUUUGUGAGGAUAGUUCUAAUUACAAUAAUAUUUUCGCACAGUGUAAUAAUGUACUGUUAUCUUCCUUUUACUCUGAAUCGGGCACCGUCAAGUCCCCACAUACAUAUCUGCAACUCGGAAACGAUCUGCUGGCGAUUUUUUCUGAUUUCAGCAAUUACGAAAACCUGAAAGUUAAGUUAAUGUAUAUACAGUUAUAGUUUGCUAUAUGACUGGCACCAAAUCAAAUCCUUUCCUUCUAUGCAAGAACGGAAAUCUUUCAUCGGCAGACAGUGUAUAGGUUAAGAAAGAACACAGUUAAUUAAUUUGUUGGUCCAUUCAUUCAAGGGUCAUCUCACAAUAAUGUAGGAUUUCUCAUCAUAAAUCAAUGAAAAUCAUAAGUGCAAAACAAAUACAUAAUGCAUAAUCUUAUAACAUAUAAUUCUGCUUUAAAAGGAUAGCACCGGUGUUCGGACGUGACAACGGUGAAGGAACCCUCUCGCGCCUACCCGAAGUGACUUAGGAAAACCACAGAAAAGCCAUAUCUGAACGAUGAUGGAUAAAUUUGGUCGAACACUUCCAAGAAUGUUGUUUCUGCAGUGUGUAAUAUUUGCUGCAAACUGGGAGUAGUAUCUCAUAUUCAGGAAGGAGGAAUACAUGAUUCCCUGUUCAGUGAUGCCUGGAUGCAGUUGAAGCAGGGAUUGAGAUUUACUGGAAACUGUAAAGAACUCUUAUAAUGGAUGACCUUAUCAAAGGAGCAACUGUGUCAAGGCAGACAGUAACACCUGGAACAGCUCUCUGUGGAAUAGAUAAUCUUCCAGACGAGGUCCUCAUUGAAAUAUUCUCCUACUUGCGGCUGUGCGACUUGACGUGGUGUUCGCACACGUGCAGCAGGUGGCGUGCCAUUCUACGCGAGGAGAAGUCGCUGUGGAGGCGCUGGCAGUGCGCGACGUACGACGUGGGGAACGCGAGGGAAGUGCUAGCUACGGCGGGUGCGGUGCCGCAGCUGGAAACGCUCUACCUUCUCUACUCCGGCUCGUUCGGGAUCCACGUCGCCUGGCCGGAGGCCACCGUCUUCCACCACUACGGCGACGCCCCCCUGACGUGGGAGCCAUACUUCCGGUGUUUCGAUACCGACUGCCUGGUGAUAGACCACUCGAUGCAGAAAAACAUUUUUUUCUACUUGUCGUGGGUCGACCGCCUCACGUUGAGGAGGAUAUUCGUCGUAGAACAGUCGUAUUUUUGUAACCCGUCCGACCGUACGUGCGAAUCUGCCGGGCCAGUUCGCGAAGCCGGUAGUGUGGACGGUCCCAUACGGAGGGUCAGAGACGCACACCGCGACCUCUUCUCCGGGAAGGGUCGCCGCCGCGGCAGUGCCCUGGAGGUCUCCGCCGCGACGUCCGGAGUGGACGCCGCCGUGUGCCCGGCGUUGGAGGAAGUGAAUGUGUUCAGCAAGUACAUCUGGGACGAACACCUCGAGAGGCUUUGCAGUCUGGGCCCGGUGCGUGCCUUGCACGUCCGGUGCCAGCGGCUCCGCAGCCUGACUUUCGUGCGGGGCUGCAGUGCGACGCUGGAGGAGCUGGAAGUCUCGGACUGCCGACGCCUCUUGGAGGACGCGUUUGCAGAUCUACGCUAUCUGGAGAGGCUGCGCGUGCUGCGGCUGUCGGACUGCCACGUCGAGGCGCAGACUGUCUGCAGUUGUGUGGCCGGCCUCCCUCACUUGGAGUCCUGCACGAUAAAUGGAUGUGAAGUCAUUUGGGAUCUCUCCUCGUAGGAUCCUCUUGCUGUGGACUGUAUCCGCAGAUGUAGUGUGUCCUGUAUCCUUACUGUAAGACACUGACUUGUUGAAAUUUCCUUGUGAUAACAAAUAUACUGCUUAAUUCAUUAUCAUUAUUUCGAGUCAAUAAAUAUGAUGUAUGGAAGAAGGGCAGUGAAAGAGAUGGGCUGAUCUUGUGCAGUAUAUUUUACAAAUUUUUAUUUGACAUUAAAUAUUGUAAAAUUACCUAUAUAUUUACUAUGACUGUUCUAAAACUAAAGAACAUUUUGAUAUGAUGAGCCGAGUAAGUCUUCCACCGCCUCUGCUACCAUUUCCUAGACCUUCCUAACUGUUAUGAUAAAUCAACAAACCCAACGAGUCUGGAGUCACAUGUGAUUAGCCUGCCCUGGUCUUCAGGAUACAGUUUCAAUCUAUAAAGCAUAUCCACAUCUGAGAAACAAUAGAACGAUUCACAUUAAGCUAUCGGGCCACAUCAGUUUGCGACUGUUUUGCUUCCUUUCUUUCUGUGGCCCUCCACCUCAGAGAUCCUCAUAGGUAUCUUCUCUGUUACAUACUGCACUGUCUGUGACUGUGUACGUAGUGCUUGUGGAUGUGGAGCUACCUGGCAAACACUACCUCGUUUCGUAGGUGCCCUGACAUUGGUGUGGUUGUGCAUUGACCAGAAUGUCUUCAGUGCAGUACAUGAACGUAUGGACAUCUGAUUGACAGUUUGUAUGAUUAUGUCACAAAUUAGACAAGGGAUGGGGAAACAGAGGUUUGUUGCUUUUAUUUUGGACACCAGAGGAAGAUACUAGUGCAAUCAAUUCUUGAGUACUGCUUGAGUGUUUGAGAUUCCUACCAUGUUGGAUUGAAGGAAGACAUCAAAGCAAUUAAGAGAUGGGCUGCUAGAUUUAUUACUGGUAGGUUUGAACAACACGCAACUGUUAAGGAGAUGCUUUGGGAACUCCAGUAGGAAUCCCUGAAGGGAAGACAACAUUCAUUUCAAGAAACACUACUGAGAAAAUUUAGAAAGUUGGUAUUUGAAGCUGAAUGCAGAAUGAUUCUGUUGCCUUCAUUAUACAUUGUGCAUAAUGAUCCCAAAGGUAAGAGACAAGAAAUUAGGGCUCAUAUGGAGACACAUAGCCAGUCAUUUUUCGCUUAUUCUAUUCCUGAGUGGAACGGGGAAGGAAAUAAGGAAAUGAUGUGUAGUGGCACAGGGUACCCUCCACUAUGCAGAGUAUCGAUGUAGAUGUAGAUAACAAAGUGGAUUUGAAAAUGUUAUUGGAAAUGUGCAAACAUGAAAGCAGUGCAGAGAUGGUGGCGCAUCACAUGUAACGAUAACAAAAUUAUGUAUAAUCUUGAAGAAGGGAUGAUGUGGCAGGAAAAAAUUGGUAGUGGAUGAAGUAGGGGUGGAUGCAGUGAUACAAACUUUCACAAGAUCUCCAAAGAAGUCUAUACGGCAAGCUGCGUGUGAAUCAGGUGUAAGCAAAUCAAGUGUUGCUGCAUUUCAAAUCAAGUGUUGCUGCAUUUCAACCCACGGACAUACUAAUAUUUUU